AUGUCCGAUAAUUGCGUGAUGAAGGCGAGCAGUAAUGAGCGGAGAGUGAAGCGCUUCUCGCGUCAGCAAGCGGUUGAGCACGAGCUGGACGUGUUGAUAAAGGAUGUGGAGAGCAAGCUGAAAGUGCAAACUCCGCGCGACCCGGCGUCGCUGGACAUGACCCACACCGUGCCGAGGCGGCUGUACGAGCGCAUGAAGCGGUUGGAGAUGGAUCUGCCGCCCUUCGACGACCGGGAGUUCGAAGGGAUCCUGGCCGUUCGGUUGCAGGACGUGCGCCAAUCAGCCGGACCGGAUGGGCGUGCCCGGACCGGGUCGUCGCACGGCACCGAAGGCACGACCGACGGUGAUGACACGGACGGGGGCGAGGCCACCCGGGCGGGCAGCAGUCGAGCGAAGCCGUUCGAGCUGACCGUCGAACAGCGGACGGAAUCGCGCCAGCGGGCGACGGAAGCCGGCGGCAACUGGAUGGAGCGGUUCCUGCGGAAGACGAGCAACGAGCGGAUCCGCUGGCAGACGAAGUACUACCGGACGGACCAGAAGCUGCUCGACAAGCCGCUGUUCCAGCAGAUCGAGGAGCUGAUCGACCUGGGCGCGCAGGACUUCUCCGAGUGGCUGAACGGGCUCGGCGCGGAGAAGUCCAACAUCACGCGCGACAUCAUCAAGCAGCUGUUCUCGAUCGAGAUCGAGGACGAGAUGGCCCGGGCGAUCCGCGUCGACACGAAGGAGGUGCGCGCCAUACCGGCCGAGGCCGCCUACCACUGGAACCUCGAGAGUAUGGCGCUGCAGAAGCGAAUCGCUCAGGUGAUGCGGAGUGACCGGCGGGCGGCCCGGGCGUCCCGCGAGCGCCACGUCGCCUUCGGCCGCACCCUGCCGAUGGAGCUGCGGACGAGCUGCCGGCGGGACGCGAUCGACAGCAUCCGGCCCGACUUCCCGGACGACCUGCGCACGCUGAAGGCGCUCUUCCAAGACAUCCGCCACCUGCGCUCGGUGCGCUACCUGAUCGAGCAUCUGCACGAGCGGGCGGAGAUCCAGCGGCCGCGGUAUCUCACCGAGCUCGGCCUGUUCCGGUCACGCUCGCACGCGUUGGCCACGCCGUUUUAUCAGAAGGUGCUACCGCGGAAAGUCAUCCUCGAUAGUGUGCGCCACUAA